AUGAACAAACAAUUUAUUCGUGGAUUUGCUUCCACCAACCCAGCCAAGAACUAUGCUUCUACUAUCAAGAACCUUAAGGUCAAUUCCGACACCAAGGUGAUCUACCAAGGGUUCACUGGUAAACAGGGUACCUUCCACGCUGAACAAGCGAUCGCUUACGGUACCCAAGUUGUUGGUGGUACCAAUCCAAAGAAGGCUGGCAGCAAGCACUUGGACAGACCUGUGUUCGCUACCGUCAAGGAUGCCAUGAAGGAAACCGGUGCCAGUGCUACCGCUAUCUUCGUUCCUCCAUCGAUCGCUGCAGGUGCCAUUGAAGAGGCCAUCGAAGCCGAAAUUGCGUUGGCUGUUGCCAUCACUGAAGGUAUCCCUCAACAUGACAUGGUCAGAAUUGCACAAAUGUUGAAGACGCAAUCAAAGACCAGAUUAGUGGGUCCAAACUGUCCGGGUAUAAUUGCCCCAGAACAGUGUAAGAUUGGUAUCAUGCCAUCGCACAUCCACAAGAGAGGUAAGGUUGGUGUCAUCUCCAGAUCCGGUACCUUGACCUACGAAGCAGUCUCACAAACCACCCAGGUUGGUUUAGGUCAAUCCUUAGUCAUUGGUAUGGGUGGUGAUCCAUUCCCAGGUACCAACUUCAUCGAUGCCUUGACCUUAUUCUUGAACGACCCAGAAACUGAAGGUAUCAUCUUGAUUGGUGAAAUCGGUGGUACUGCCGAAGAAGAAGCCGCCGAAUUCUUGAAACAACACAACUUGACCAGACCAGAAGGUCCAAAGCCAGUUGUUUCCUUCAUUGCCGGUGUCUCUGCCCCACCAGGUAGAAGAAUGGGUCACGCUGGUGCCAUCGUUGCCGGUGGUAAGGGUGAUGCCAACUCCAAGAUUGCUGCUUUACAAUCUGCUGGUGUUGUUGUCGAAAAGUCCCCAGCCAGAUUAGGUAACUCCUUAUUACAAGAAUUCAAAAACAAGGGUUUAUUGUAA